GGUGGUGGCUGGGUAGUUUAGGUUUUUCUUUUCUUUUUUUUUUUGGAGGGGAGAGGGGCUGAGAUUGAGGUGGGUUUCGAGGGGAGAGAGGGGCUGAUCGGGUUUUCGAGGGGCUGGGAAUGCGACGUCGGCGUCGACAAUCAAGGUGGUCGGAGUCGCGGGCGGCAGGGGAUUGGGCUCAGGCAACUAUGGCAGUGGCUUGGUGGCUGGGCUGGACGGUAAGUGGUAGUUGCGGCGGAUUGGCAGCUGGUGGGUGGGAAGGAGUGGUGGCUGGACGGUGGUUGGGUGGUGGUAACGGAAAUACUAACGGUGUAAGUCAAGUGGUAGUGAUUAUAACAGUUAGUGUGUUUGGGUGGUAGUAAUAUAAAAUAAAAAAUUAAAGGGGUAGCAAAUGUGAAGUAGGGUCCUUUUGCUGGUAGCAAAUGUAAAAUUUUUCCAAAAAAAAUUAGAUUAGUAAAACCACAAAAAAAAAAAGUAAAAUAAAAAAAACAAAAAACAAAAACCAAAAAGCAAGAAGAAACACACCUUUUUUUUUCUCCUCUUUCCUCCCACAAUUUCUCUGUCCUCCGUGCUGUACGUGACACCCCGCCGCCGGCGGAGGCAAUGCCGACAUCAGCGACAAACAACCGCCCGGAAGACCUAAUUCUCCGACUAUCAUCGCCGGAAAAUCAGACAAAGUUCAAAGCACUUCGAGAAUUGAAGAAUCAGAUCAUCGGAAAUCGCACGAAGAAGCUAACCUACGUGAAAUCCGGUGUCGUAGUACCUGCUGUAGUGAAUUCUCUCUCCUCCAGUGAUUCUUCUGUCAUCGUUCAAGCUUCGGCAGUUAUCGGAAGCUUCGCUUGUGGUGUUGAUGCUGGUGUUAAGGCUGUGCUCGAUGCUGGCGCUUUCUCUCUCCUCUUAGGUCUUGUUUCUCAUUCCGACGUUAAGGUUGUGGAUGCUGCUGCUAGAUCACUAAAAAUAAUAUACCAGUCAAAGUUAGCCCCCAAGUAUGAUUUUCUUUCAAAGGAAAACAUGUGCUUCCUUAUUUCGCUAUUAGAUAGUGAGAGCGAGAAUAUUACAGGACUUGGUGCUACUAUUAUUACGCAUUCUUGUCAGAUUAUAGCAGAGCAGAAAGUGUUGUAUGAGGCUGGCAUCUUAAAGAAGCUUUUAGACCUUCUGCGAGGUUCCCUUAGCCAGAGAGAUGCUAGUUUGGAGGCUCUAGCUGCUGUUAGUAGGAACAAUCCUGAUGUUAGUUCAGAGUUUGCUGAAGCCAAUGAUGGAAGAGCUUUUAGGGUUGUAUGUGAACUGACGAAGGAUAAGUAUCCCCGGACAAGGCUUCUGGCCUCCAUGUGCUUGAUUGCUUUGUGGAACACUUCACCAUGUCAUCUACAAGAUGCUGGGCUCAGAUCAAAGCUGAUACAUAUACUGAUUGAGCUUCUUGAUGAUCCUGGUCAAGUUGGAGAUGACGCUCCAUUCGCUUUGUCCAGUUUGAUUGCUGGAAAAGAGGACCUACAAAAACUAGCUUUUGAAGCAGAUGUUAUUGAUAAAAUGAGCAAGCACCUAAUGAAAGACUCAUUACCAGCUAAACGUUUACAAGGGAUAUUCUUGGCUCUUGCUGAUGUAUGCUCAAAGUUGGAAGUCUGCAGGGAAAAUCUUAUAUCACUUGAGGUACUCAAGUUGGUAGCUGAGGCAUUAAAUCAUGACUGCUCUGAAGUACGAAUUGCAGCUUGCAUGUGUUUGCGAAGUGUUUCUCGGUCAGUCAAGAAUUUGAGUGCAGGUAUGUUCAUGAAUGAUCUGAUUGUGAUUCCGUUGAUAAAGCUUCUAAAUGAUGCUUCGACUGCUGUCCAGAUUGCAGCACUCAGUGCUUUAUGUAAUGUAGUGGUGGAAUUCACAACGCGUAAAUCCAUCUUUCUUCAAUAUGGAGUUGUCAAACAACUUGUUCAUCUGUCAACAUCAAUGGAUUCUACUGUCAGGUUAAAUGCUGUACGAGCUCUGAAAAACCUGAUUUUCCUGGCCGAAAAACAGUUUAAAGGGGAAAUAUUUUUGGAGCUGUCACCUGCCACAUUGUGGAGUCUCAUAUGUGAUCAUGAGUCAUCUGUCCAAGAGCAAGCCAUCUCUUUUGUUCGCAAUCUUGUUGAUGGAUGUGUUGACUCUAUUGAGUAUAUAUUCACUGAAGAAGCUAUCAUAUUACAUGCCAUUGUAAGACUACUGAGGAACACAUCCAAUCCCGAAGUCUGCAUUCAGGGAAUGUAUGUACUUGCAAAUGUGGCAACUGGAAACGAAUUCCACAAAGAAGCAGUUCUGCAGCAACUCCUCCCACCAGCUGGUAGCGAUGAUCCAUCCGUUUUGAUCAAGCUUCUGCAAAGCAAUGACAACAGAUUACGCACAGCGACUGUUUGGACUGUUGUAAAUCUAACAUUUCCUAGCAGCCCUGGUGCUUAUAGUCGGCUUGUCAAGCUACGUAAUGCUGGUGUAUAUAGUUCGAUAAAAAACAUGGCAAAUGAUUCCUGCCUUGAUGUCAAGCUUCGUGUCAAAACUGCACUGGAUCAAUGAGCAAUCUGUGGCGUUUUGUGACUACUCUACCUAGCUUUCUUUGGCUACGAAGAGGCCCUGGUGUAAGAGUCCAAGAGUUUGCACAUUCAUUUGUAAGUUGUAUUACAGUCUGUAGCCCUAUGUCAAGUAUUGGGGAAGACAGACAAAAUAUCCAUCCUCAUAGGCCUCGAAAUUUUGCUGAAUCUCAGCCCAGAGUUGCAAUGUAUCUGAAAAACAAAAGGGAUGGGGCGGUUCAUAGUUGAGAAGUAGCAAAGGCAUUGCAGUAUUCUAGGCUAAAGCUCCUAGAAUCAGUACUGCUUUGAAUAGGGUCUAUUAUAGAAAAUUGUUGUAGAUUAGAGAUUGUUGCUUAGAUUCUUGAGAUUAAUCUCAGCUGUAUUUUGAGCCAUGUGAGACAGAUUGUUCUAAGAUUACAGGCCAUGUAAGUGAGGUUUUUGCCCGUGGUAUUAUUGUAAUAAUUGUAAUGGUUUUACUUGCAUUAAGAGGAUUUUUUUUUUUGGUCCGCGAGUUGCUUUAUUAAUUUGUAUCAUUCGAUUUGAAUUAAUUCAUUCAAUAAUAAGAAAAAUUGUAAUUAUAAUAGAUCAAA